AUUGAAAUCAACAGUGUCUUCUGAAAAUUAUUUUGCAUUUUUGCUUAAAGAAAUUAACUGAAUGCAGCUGUGAUCUACGAAUUUCUAACAAGAACUGUUAUACAUUUGACAUCCAAAAUGGCAGGUGUUACCAAAGGACCACCGCUAUGAUUUUCUGCUGGAAGCUGAACUUUCGCAUUACUUCAGCCCUUUGAAAAAUGAUUUAAAAGUGACAUCCGUUGCUCAGUUAAAAUAUGUGGAAGAAGAUGAUCUGAUCCAGUUGGGGAUGACUAAACCUGAAAUGAGAAGAUUGAAAAAGUAUUUUCAGAAGUAUUGCCCUCAUACAUAUCUGCGCAAGAUCAAAAAGAUGAUAUUGCCCAAAAAUAAGGAUGACUGUGAUAGGACUUCCAUAUAUUUCAAUGAUAAUACAACAGAAAAGAAUAAUAUCAAAGUGCCCAGCAAACACAUCAUACCAAAAGAUAAUAUUGUAAUUAAUAAAGAACUUGGUGUUGGUGAAUUUGGUGUUGUACAGCAAGGUGUAUGGACUAAUGAAGAUGGAGAGAGAAUUCAGGUGGCAAUUAAGUGCCUUAGUGAAGAACGAAUGCAGAAGAAUCAUAUGGAAUUUUUAAAAGAAGCGGCCAUCAUGCAUACCAUUGACCAUGAAAACAUAGUUCGUUUGUAUGGAGUUGUAUUGGAGACUAAUGCUUUAAUGCUGGUCACAGAGCUUGCACCUUUACGUUCACUUCUAGAGUGCCUUAAGGAGCCAGCACUUCGUCCAAGUUUUCCCGUCAUUUCCCUAUGUGAAUUUGCUUUACAGAUAUGUGAUGGAAUGCAAUAUUUAGAAAACAAGAAAUUGAUUCACAGAGAUCUUGCAGCUAGAAAUAUACUAGUUUUUGCUAAAAAUCAAGUAAAAAUUAGUGAUUUUGGUUUAUCAAGAGCUCUAGGUGUUGGUAAAGAUUAUUACCAGACCAAUUUUAAUGUCAACUUGAAACUUCCCAUUGCUUGGUGUGCUCCAGAGUGUAUUAAUUAUCUUCGGUUCACAUCAGCUAGUGAUGUGUGGGCUUAUGGUGUAACUUUGUGGGAAAUGUUUAGCUAUGGUUUUCAACCAUGGGCUGCCUUAACUGGUCAACAGAUUCUUGAAGCAAUUGAUGAGCCAAAUUUUCAGCGCUUAGAGCAGCCAGAAUGCUGUCCAAAGGAAUAUUAUACUUUGAUGUUAAAAUGUUGGCAACAUGAUGCAAAUAAGAGGCCAAAAUUUUCUGAAAUAUAUGCCAUUUUACCUGAAUGUAAACCAGAACAAGUUCAAGCUGUUCAAGAUUCUAUAGAAGUUAUUAAUGGACCAAAACCAAAGAAAGAUUGGCUUCAUUAUCAAACUGGAGAAGUCAUUACAGUUUUAGACAAACGACCAUUACCUGAUAAUUCAAAUUUGUGGAAAGGUGUUCUCAGCAGUGGGAAGACAGGUUUGUUUAACCCUGCACAUACAGUGGCUUAUUUAGCAAGUUUUCCAACAAAUCGUCCCAGCUUUUCACGUUCUGAUUCAAAAUGUGGGAUUUAUGCAAGUAGAAGGAGAUUACGGACUGAUAUGAUUUCACGACCUCAAGGAGAUUUUAAACAUACGGGACAUGUUGGCCUAGAUGGUGCAUUUUUUGGUGACAUAUCAUUUUUAGGGGAUAAAUAUCAUCAGUUACCAAAACAAAUAGUUACUCCUUAUAAACCUCAAGACGAUAAGGAGAAUGUAAGCCCUACACUGACAACAUUAUCAGAUUCAUCUGAUAAAAUACCUCUGUUGAAAAAAUUCAGUACAUCUGAUGGAAGAAGUGGAUCCUCUUCUGAUAAUUGGUCUGAGGUAAUCAGUGAUCAAAGUGUCUCUACAAGUAUAACAAACUGUGUGAUCGAUGGCCAUCAAAAGCGAGGGAGUAAAGAUGGAGAAAAACUGAUUAACCUGCCCGAUCAUGAAUAUCAUGAAAUCAGUGAUGAAGAAGACUUUGGGUUUAUAGAAAAUUCAAAAUUUGAAUCCUUGGAUUUUGGACCUUCAUUGAUGGAUGAAGUAUUUAAAGCAUUGGGUUCCACUAAGUCUGAAUUAAACUUUGGAGAGCAGGAGUUUAAUGAAAAUAAUAAUAUAAAAAAUGAAAUUAAAGAAAUAACGUCAAAAGUAAGCAGAGAAGGCUCAAAAAAGAAGCAACCUGAAGUAAAACCUAUUUCUGCAGCCGAUCAGCAAACUUUAGAUUCUGCAAUCGCUAUUGCAAAAGAACUGGCCAACAAAAGUUUUUUAGACCUUGAAACUAGAUCAGAUAAUGAUACUCCACUAGAAAGUCCUAAGACGCCUACUUCACCAUUUAAAAGAAAGUUUUCCUUUAAAUUUAAAACUAGUCCCAAACCAGAUAGAAGAAAUUUUUCAGAAGAAGCUGAAGCAAUACCAGAUAUACAGGAUAUCAUUACCGAAGAAGCAAAGGAAGCAUACAAUUCUCUAGUGGAAAAAGGAAGUGGCUUAGAAAGAAGUGUCUCUUUACCGCCUACUGUAGCACCAAAACCAGUAAUAGAGAACUUACCUCGAUCUAGACAACCAUUGCAAACACAUACUCCUGCUACAGAUUCCUCUGAUCCAGAGUCAGAAGCUGUCGAUAGUAAUCCUCUUCGAAUGCUAAGAAGUGGCGUGCCUGUGAGACCUAAAGUGCGUGGUAAUAGACAUGGAAUACCAAAUAGUGGUAGAGCAGCCACUCCACACACAGCAACUGUAGCUAGAUUAGCAGCAAAUGCUGUAUCAAGUAAUGGUUCCUCUUUGGUCAAUGGCACUCGGUCAAAUUUAGGAUCUCCUCCUCCUCCACCACAGGCACCAAAAACCUUUCCAAGACCAAAUAUACCAUCUCGAUAUACCAAAGACAAUAACAUUUCUAAUUCUUCUCCUAAAUCAGAUGAAGUUUCAUCUGAUGCAAAAUUAGAAGAUCAAAGUGACACUUCAAGUACUAAUACAACUGUCAGUUGUAGUGAAAGUUCUAGUGAUAAUUUACCAAAUCCUUUACCUUUGCCGCCAAGAGAUCGAACUAAGCCUUUACCAGUGCUGAAACAUCAUCAACGAAAACACCCUCUAAUUCUUCCUGGUUCCAAUAUUUCAGUUUCAGACACUGUACGAAAUUUAACCAAACAGGUUUCUUGUCCAGAUGUGCCAUCUCAUUCGUUUUGUUCGGUACCAGAACCAGAACGUAGGUCGAGUGAAGGUGCCCCUCCUGUAAAUGAUACUUUAUUGGAAACUGCAACUACUACAGCAUCUAGUCUUACAUGUAAUACUUCUGUAUCUUUAAGUAGCACCAUUCCACCACCUAAGCCAGCAAGGACGUACAAUUUGGAUGAUUCUUUUGAGAAGGAAAUUCAAGCAGAAAUAGACAGUCUGGAUAAUAUACCAGAAGAGGAGUCUCAGAUCAUGUACAAAGGUGGUGAUCAUGUUAGCUGUGAAGAUCUUUUAGAAUUUGCUUUAGAUAAACCAAAUGCUCGCAGGACUCAAGGUCGUUCUCAGGGUAUUGACUCAGAUGAAGUGAGAAUAAUGCAGAAAGUUUUAGCGAAAGAACUCGUAACACCUGAAGAAUGUCUUGUAGCUUUAAAUGAGACUGAUUGGGACAUGCACAAAGCAAUAAAAUAUAUGCGAUUACAAUGUAUCCUAAAUUCACACAUGAUUCCUCUCCAAAAUUUGAAACAAACUCUGGUCAAAUGCAGUUGGGAUGUUAGGCAAGCUGCUAAUUAUCUAUUAGCUACUCAUAACGUCAAUGAAGACACAACAGAAGUGUGACAGGAACUGUGCAAAACUUAAAGACUGGCCACUUUAUAAUCAUUUCAGUAUCAUGAUGUAUAUUAUGCAUUUCAGUGCAUGCUUGAAAUUAUACUUCUAAAUAAGAAUUAGUGUUCAUUUAAAGCAGUCUGUCUAAAUUUAUAUUGACCACAUAUUUUUGCUUUUUCCAGUAUAAUUUAGUUUAAUGUACUGUUUGAUAAGAAACUGUGUAUAUUUAAGACUAUAACAUAUUGCAAAUUCAUACAGUAUAUUUUAAUUUUAUAAUCUUGCUAUGGCUUUUACCAAUUGCAUCUAAAUGUAUGAGUGUAAUUUACAAAUUUGAUCUAAUAAUUAUAAGUAUGUUAAAUGUAAAUUUAUUGUUUUAUUUGUAAAAUAAUCUUUUGCAGAAUAAAUUACGAAUUUUGUAUAAUUUUAUUUUUAAACAUAUUAGCUGUUGCAGAAGCAUUGGUCUCUAUUUUAAUAAUGAAUAUCAGGUACUGUAAUGCUUUUAAAAACCUUUAAAGUAUAAAUGUUUAUUAUGUUUUUGAUAAUUGUUUUAAAGUAAGUUUAUUUUUGUUUUAAAAUAAAAAAAAUUAUUAUCAUGUUAUUCAAUUACAUUAUAUACAUAAAAAAUAUAUACAUAUGCAAAUGGUUUAAAUUUUUGUACUUUGAAGCAGAAGUGUUUUCAAAAGUUUCUAUUAUUCGUUAUAGGUAUUUAUUUGCUGUAAACUAAACUUUUUUUAACUUAUUUAUUUAGCUAAGUUGAAAGUUCCAAACACUUUUAACAGUAUGAGAACUUUUACAAAGUCCUUAGCUUUUGUAAGUUGUAUAUUUGUAAUAAGAUAUAUUUUUAGUGGAAUUUAUUGUACAGUUUCAAAAUAUUUGUGACAGCAGUUAUUUUUACUAAUGCAAUUAUAUUUUGAGAUAUCUAACUCAAAGUUGAUGUACAACGAAACCUCACAUGUUGACUGUGACUGAAAGUGAACAGUAUUUCUGAGAACAUAAGAGUGUAAAUAAACAUUGGCCAAUAGUCAACCAUUAAGCCCCAACCACUAUGAAAGAUCAAUCCAUCUAUAUUUGUAAACUUUAAGGAGGUUUCAUUGUACAUUUUUUAAAUGUUGGCUGUAUGUGUAAUAUAGCCUACUGUAUUAGCUAUGCCUUAUGUGGAACACUCUCAUGCCACUAGUACAAUCAUAUAGAUCUGAUUUUUUCUUCUUCUCAUUAUAAAGAAGCAUUUUUACAACUGUGUAAAAACAUUUUUUGUAGAAAUCAUGUAUUUGUAUGAAAAAAAAUAAACUUUUUUACUGUUUGCA